AUGACUGAUGAAUGCGUCAUUGCAAAGGGAAUGCAGUUCACAUCAAAAAAGAUAUUGCAACGGGCUGUCAGAAUGUAUUUUGUAAAGGAUAUGAGGGAGUUUAAGGUUGAUGACUCAAACAGAUCAGUAUGGAGGCUGAUUUGUAGGCGACAUACUCAAGGCUAUAGGUGGUUGCUUCGGGGAAUUGCUAAGCCGGAUGGUCUGUGGGAAAUCACAAAAUUUCACCCGAAGCACACUUGUGAUAUGGAACAAAGUCGAGCAGAUCAUUGUAAUCUAGAUAUAAACAUGAUUGCUCAUGUGUUACUUAAACACAUUGAGGAAACUCAAGGAUGCCUAUCAAAACUUGUAUUGGCAUGGUCCACUCAAAAUAUGGCGUUGUCGGGGUAUAUGGCGACUCUACAACAUGCUAAUCCUAGCACUGUUGUACAGUGGCGGCUUUUAGAGGGCAGAAUUUUCUACUUCGUCUUUUGGGCAUUCAAAUCAGUUAUUGAUGGUUUUGCUCACUGCAAGAAUGUGAUAUCGAUAGAUGGGACCCAUGUGUAUGGCCGAUAUGACAUUAAGCUCCUAAUUGCAGUAGGUAUGGAUGCCAAUGGGUCAAUAUUCCCUCUUGCUUUCGCAAUUGCCGCCAACGAGAGCAACGAGACAUGGGGGAUGUUCUUGACUCAUCUACAAACUCAUCUUGAACUAGUGGUCGAUGAUAUUAGAUGA